AUGCUGGAUAACGAAAACCUUGAUAUUGUCAGUAUCGCGACGUGGCAUAAACUCCAUGCACCCAUGGCAAUCGCAGCGUGUGCGCGAAGUCCAAAGGCAGUACUCUGUGAAAAACCGAUGGGUGUAAGUCUCGGUGAAUGUGACGAAAUGUUAAUCGCCGCGAAUCGAAGCAGUGUCAAGGUCGUCAUCGGGCAUCAACGCCGCUUCAAUUCCGCAUGGACAGAUGCCCGCAACCUCAUUGCUGCGGGGGCGAUCGGUGAACCCCGACAGAUUGUCUGUCACGGCGGUCAAGGGUUACUGAAUGACUGCUCACACCUCUUUGAUAUGAUGCGCUAUGUCAUCGGUGACCCGGAUCCGCAAUGGGUUGUCGGUAACGUUGAACGGAAAACGGAACGUUACGAGCGAGAUAUUCAGAUUGAGGACCGGAGUGCUGGAAUUAUCGGCUUUUCAAACGGUUGCAUCGGUAUGCUCUUGCAGGAAAUUGGUAGACCGAACUAUCAAGGUGGAAUCGUCUACGGAACAGAUGGUAUCGCAGAUGUAACGGAGGGGCGCGUCCGUCUCCUCAACAAUAAAGCUACAGACUGGGAAGAACGUCCCUCCGAUGGAAGGGACCAGCACGUCGCACAAGCAACCGAGCUGGUUGAAUGGAUCGAGGGCGGGCCUGAACACCGCGGUGAGGCAAAACAUGGGCGUGCUGCUAUUGAAAUUAUAAUGGCGAUCUAUGAAUCCGCACGUAUGCACGAAGUCGUCCAAUUGCCGCUGCGGACGCAUGCCAAUCCGCUGGAUUUGAUGAUUGAAAGCGGAGAUUUGCCUAUUGAACGCCCAGGGCGUUACGACAUCCGUGCAUUUUUGUUACACGGCGAAUCAAUGAAACCUGCACGGGUAAAAGUCGCCUACGAGAAUUAG